AUAAGGAUUCUCUCUUCUUUUCAUAGGGUAAAAAGAAAAGAAAUCUCUGAUAACCACCUACUGGGUACCUUGGGGGGCCUCAAAGGGAAUCUGUUUUGCUCUACAGCAUUUUCAGGUUUGCUUUACAGUAUAAGGAAACUGGAUCCUUACCUCCCACAGUGGGAAAUCUUCCACUGGUUCCAUGUAUGAACUUGAAUAACAAUUAUCCUUUAAAAACAGCACACGAGUUUUUACUUAGAUUGGCAUUUAUAUUUUCACUAUGCUUAGGGUACAGUAACUAUGUUAUCUCAGUCUCCAUACAUAGAGAACUCGAUGAUAGAUGUGAGAAAACAGAAGACAGCUUAAUUCUGAGAACAUACUUAGAUGUGGAACUUAGGUGAAGCAGUUGCAAGACAGCCACAUUAUUCUCACCUCUUUGGCUUUGCCUGUUAACCAAACCAUAGUGGACAAUUGCAGUCAUUCUUAGUGUUUGUUUUUAAUGAACAGAACAUGGCAUCAGUGAAAAUGUAGGUAUUCUGUGCCCAAGCUGGGAUCACCAGUUACCUUUUAGUGUUCUAUUUCAUUUGCUGGAGCAUGUUCAUCUCAUAUGGGGGAAAUAUUUAGCAGGAGCCUUUUAAGUUUUUAGACACUUUGGAUGUCUAAAGAAUAUUUCACCUUUUCUUGUUCCCUUUGAUUCAAGGUGAUGCUUUCUAAGUGUAACUGGUUUUUCUGUCCUUCUAAAGCAGGCUGUUUUCCUGUGCAAAAAAGCCCUACUACAGCAUUGCCUUUUGGAAGACUGCUGGCCAUCAUAAGUUUAAUUUCUGCCUCUUGCUGCAGCGGUUGCUCUGUCAUAGUGAAAGGACAAGAGCAACAUUUUGCAGCAUGUGCUCUGACGGAGACUAUUGUGCAUCCUUGAAGAUAAGCAACAGUUGCUGUAAGAACUGGGAUUUCGUCUUGCUUAAGCUGUCCUCCACAGCAGACCUUUUGCCCUGGGUUGGGUGUGCAGUGUUACAAGUGCUGUUUGGAGGUUCUGCCACCCCUCAGUGAGCAGACCUGAGUGCUGCCAUCAGCUGGGUGCGGUUGCUCAGGUGUUGUGCCCUGGACUGGGAACCACCUCGCUCCCACGUUAGUUGCCCAUAUAAUUUAUGCAGUCCCUCAUGGAGACUGUGUUGUUAAUAAGGGCUUAACAAAGCAUGUGGUAAAAGUAGGCUGGGUUCUUGCCUAAUGCUCGUGUGAAAAACAGCAUUACUUACAAGAUGUUAGGAAUACUAGGAGAAAGAGCUUCCCUGAUAAUUGUACUGAAGUAGCUACUUGUACUUCUGUUCCCAGUUCUAAGUUGAACUUUAACGACCAACAGAGUAGGUACAAUAAGCGUAGUCGUGUAAUACUGCUGUUCCUUCAAUUCCCUUUCAAUAAGAGGAAGAAGACAUGCUUCUCCAAAUGUAGAGUUUGUGGUUUUCUUGCCAAAUUUAAAAAGAGGAAUAGCACCUUCAGCAGUGCAGAAACCCACAAGCUAAAUAACUGUAGGAAAAUGUGUGUAAAAUAGAAAAAUUAUUUAUCGUGUGGAAGCUGAAGGUAGUGAGCCUUUCAUGGUAGCUAUUCAAUAGAAUUUUAAAACAAGCAAGCAAGCAAACAGAACUACUUCAGCUGGUCCUACCUAGGACAUUUUAGGUAGCUUUUCUUGCCAAGAAGAUGUCUCUCUUCAUACAAACAGUAAAGUGACUGUGAGUUGACUUUUAUUUCCUGGCCUUAUCUGAAAUGGGAUAAUACUGACCAGUGUAGUUCAGGUGUAGCCGUUUGGGUUUCAAGUUCCAAUUUCAAUUCAGCAGUUUCCAGACAAAUGGACUUGCUCUGGUUUCGCUGAAGCCAAAGCAGGGCUCCUAUUCAUAAGCUCAUUGCUUACUUUGGAUUAGGUAUAAAGUAAAUAAUGUGAAUAAUGCUGUUCUUUCAAUUGUCCACUUAACUGUGUAAUGGAUUUAGUUUUGUUUAGGAACAACAAAUGCCAAGACAAGUGAUAACUUGCUUGCUUUUCUCACUUAUAGGAGAUAAAACUGCUUCAGCAAAAGGUCGGGUUUUUUCCUUGUUAUUUCACAGUAGAUUAUUAAAGAAUUGUGUUUAAACCGUUUCAGUAGAGUUAAUGUUUCCUUCAUUUGAGGAUGACAGCAUGACUGCUUUUUUCAGGGAUUGUCAUGGCAAAAAUACCAUCACUUCUAGGUUGUUGGAUACCACCUUCUGUUUGCUUUCUCUGAGAGCAGAAACAAUAAACCCCAUAUUCUUUCCUAUUCUGUCAGCUUGGCAUGCUGAUGUAUUGUUUGGUCACGCACAUAGGGUGGGGAAGGAAUGUGGUGCAGGAGCGGGAUGGAUCCUUCACACAGCCCUGAUGGUCUGUGUUGCUGUUGUAAAACCACAUUCCAGGGAACCUGAAACUGAGGCAGAAAUUGCAAGAGAGGGUUUGGGAAGGCUGUAAAGAGUGAGACCUGCUUGAUUGUUUUUCAUAGGCCAAGCCUAGACAGACUUGAUUUUUAGGAUGAUUGAACACCACUGUUAGAAUUAAACCCUACUCUUUUCUAUGUUUCUGUGUUUUCAAGGGUACUAUAAAGUGUGUUGCUUCAGUUGCAUCUCCUGAAAAGCUGUAAUUAAUUAACAGAAUCUGGUCCUUGGAAAAGGCAGGAUUUAUUAUUGAUUAAAUCUCUUCCUAGUAUAGAGAAUUAGUUGAUUGAUUGUAUGAAACAAGGGAGAUAAGAAACGCUGUAUAUCUUCCCCGGUAUACUGGAGUCUCUAAUGUGACAGUGGAAACUUGUGGAGGUUUGGUCUUAAUUUUAUUUUGGAGCACAGCAUUUCUGCUGACAAACCCAGUGUUGCUUUUUGUAAAAUAAGCCAUUUGCAUGAGGAAUAUUAUUUUUGAGUAACAAAUCCUGUGAUUGUUGUACCCAUCACUGAAGUAACUUUUUCCUGUGGUUCCCAUGCCUAAACUACUUGUUCCCGCUGUACUAUGAGUACUACUAUGGUCCCUGUGCCAAAGGCAUAAGUUUUAUUCCUUCCCAUUUAGGAAUUAAACAAAUGUCUGAAGUUGCCUAUUGCUGAUAUGCUUGAGCACUUUAUAAUUCAUCACGGGCUGUUCAUAAUGUGUACAGUUCACCACUGUGUGGUGGGUUUUUUUCCCCACGUCCUUAAUUAAAAAUGGAGUGAGAUGAUCAGUGUGCAGUCAUCGUUGUCCCCCUGCCCCCCCGUGGGACUCUGGCUUUGGCAGUGUUCACCAGUGGGAGUUUCUAACAAAGAAAGCAGAGGGAGACACAAAAGCCCCAAAGUGAGUGAAUAGGAGCAGUGCUAACCUGCUAGCUCAGCAUUCCCCUGCUGUUGGCUGCUGAGCAGCCAGGUGGGGCUGGGUGCAGUGACAAACACAGCUGCCUCUCUGAUGCUGCUUGGAGUCUGCUGUGUGACUGACAGACAUGUGCACAAUGCAUUUUUCGUUUUCAUCAACCAAGUGGAGCUGAUAAGAUUACAAGAACUAAGGAUCACAGAUUUUGGGGUUGAGUUAGAUGUGAUGGAGAGCUGAUUCUGACUCCUAGUCUCCCCAGACAGCUGUCUCAUUGUUUUGGGUCUUAUUUAACUCUUGGGCUUCUGGUUUAGAGCUGCAGUGGCUGGAAGAAUAACUUUCUGCAGAAGUUGCUCUGACCUGUUGCAGAGUGCUGACAUGUGCUCUUGCAGGUUUGGUCCUAUACAGUAUUGACUGUGUGAGCAUGCCAAGGUACUAUGCCAUAGAAUGGGAAUGCUGGGAAGAUACAAAGGAGGACAUGAGGACAUUGAUGAAAAUCAUAAGAGGUAGCUGGAAGAAAAGUUCACUUUAGUGUCAAACAGGUAACGUGAGUAGCAAAGUUGAAGUUCAGCGCUUACCAACUAAACUGGUAUGUUGUGAUAAAUUGGAACAUUGUGUUGUGUUGUAAACUUUAAAAAGCUUGAAAAUGAGCUGCUGCAUGUGCCUGAUAUUGUGGGCAGUGGUUGCAAUGUGUAUAAGCACAAAAUUCAAAUUCUUCAGAAUUUAAUAAUAAACUGGUAAGGUCUAAAAUAUUUUGUGAUUAUUUUCAUUUUUCUGCUGGUUUUAUUGAAUGCAGGUUAUCUUUCCAUAAAUGGAUUGUGGCUUUCAGCUUUUCUCCUGUCCAGCAGUGCAUGUGUGUGUACAUGUGUGCUUGUGAGGUAGAGCUGUGGCUGAAAGUAAAUCAGAUGGCAGAAUUGUGAUAAAAAGAUGUUUUUUACAGUCAGUCCAGUGAGGGCGAGAUUCUAGAGUAAAGAGUAGUUCUCUAUGGAAGGUGAGAACUUUGGCCCUUAAUUCUGCUUGUGGAUAUGUUUUUCUCUUUGCUUUUCUUCCCAACAGCUAAAAAAUCUGACUUUGGUGCUUGUUUGACUAGAACUGUAUAAUAAAAUCCUGAAAAAUUUCUUUGUCUCUUCUCAGGCUAUAUCUCAGCAGACUGUCUAAGCAGAGAUGAUGUGUUUCUGUGUAUUUAAGGUUCUGUCUUCAUUUCGCUGAUUCAAACCACAUAUUCCAAGGAAAGGAGGGGAAGUGGAAUAAAGUACUCAAGUGCCAGAGGAGAAGCAAGACUAGCCAAUGAAAAUCACUGUUACUGAACUGCAGACUGCUCUCACACAUAGUGGGGGAAAAAAAUUGCUGUCUGUUCAAAGCCUGUAAAAUUACUUUUGCAGACUUUCCUCAAAGAACUUGAAAUAGGCUAAACUCCUUCAAAUAGGACUGAAUUAGGAAAUGGAAAUAUGACUCCUUGCUGGUGUCUUCCAUCUUCCUCCCUUUUUGCAGGUUUUUUUUGUUUGGGGUAGGAAAUCCUGAGCAAACUGUAUGGCGUCAACCAGGCUUACAGUUGAUGGUUAUGGAUGACAUAGGAACUUCAGAUUUACAUCUCUGCAAUGACACCUGAUUAAGGCAAAGGUUGAAAACUGCUCAUCAGCUAUGUUACCAGAACUUGUAGUAGCUAUUGCAGUUGUACUUUCCUUCUCUUUCUAAGAUUUGAUGUCUGGGGUGAUGUUCCCUGGAAAGCGUGAGCAAAUAAGUCAUCUUUUAGGAUUGGAAACAGAAAUAAUAUAAGAAUGCCCAGAAGAGGCUUAGUAAUUCAAGCCAGGACUCGUUGGCUCUUAGUGGGCAUUGCUUUACUGUUCAGUUUAGUCUUGCUCAUGUAUUUGCUCGAGUGUGCUCCGCAAACGGAUGGUAAUGGAUCUUUACCUGGUGUUGUAGGUGAAAACAUGGGUAAAGAAUAUUACCAAGCUCUCUUGCAGGAACAAGAAGAGCAUUAUCAAAACCGAGCUACCAGUCUGAAACGUCAGAUCGCCCAGUUAAAGCAAGAGCUUCAGGAAAUGAGUGAUAAAUUGAAGUCCCUGCAGGAAAAAAAGAGCCCAAAGGUCAAUGGUAUGAACUACCAGGGCACCAAAGAACAAACAUCCAAUGAUCUCCUAGAGUUUCUUCAUUCCCAGAUUGACAAAGCUGAGGUGAGCAUGGGGGCCAAACUGCCUAGUGAAUAUGGCGUCAUUCCUUUUGAAAGCUUUACAUCCAUGAAAGUGUUCCAGUUGGAAAUGGGGCUCACUCGGCAUCCAGAAGAGAAACCCGUUAGAAAGGAUAAACGAGAUGAAUUGGUGGAAGUUAUUGAGGCUGGCCUAGAAGUUAUCAAUAAUCCAGAUGAAGAAGAUGGACAAGAUGAAGACGAUGGAGUAGGAGAGAGGCAGCUGUAUGGUGAAAAUGAUUUUAUAGAAGGUUACUAUCGUACAGAAAGAGAUAAGGGGACACAGUAUGAGCUGUUUUAUAAGAAGAUGGAUGGCAUGGAGUACAGGCAUGUCACCUUGUUCCGACCUUUUGGACCCCUCAUGAAAGUGAAGAGUGAAACGGUCGAUAUUUCUAGAUCCAUUAUUAACAUUAUUGUUCCUCUUGCUGGAAGAACUGAGGCAUUUGCACAAUUUAUGCAAAACUUUAGGGAUGUGUGCAUUCAUCAGGAUAAACGUGUUCACCUCACAGUGGUCUAUUUUGGACAAGAUGGGCUAUCGGAAGUACAAAGCAUCCUGGAAUCCGUAGCUAGAGAAACUGACUUCCACAAUUACACGCUUGUCUCUCUGAAUGAGGAAUUUAACAGAGGCCGAGGACUUGACAUGGGUGCCAGAGCCUGGGAAAAGGGCGAAGUCCUGAUGUUCUUCUGUGAUGUUGAUGUUUAUUUCACAGCUGAGUUCCUCAACAGUUGUCGCUUAAAUGCCGAGCCCGGGAAAAAGGUUUUUUAUCCUGUAGUAUUCAGCCUUUACAAUCCUGCUAUUGUCUAUGCCAACCAAGAUCUACCACCCCCUGUGGAGCAGCAAUUGGUACACAAGAAGGAUUCUGGUUUCUGGCGAGAUUUUGGCUUUGGGAUGACUUGUCAGUAUCGGACGGACUUUCUGACUGUUGGGGGUUUUGACUUGGAAGUGAAAGGCUGGGGCGGUGAGGAUGUUCACCUUUACAGAAAGUACUUGCAUGGUGACCUCAUUGUGAUCAGGACGCCAGUCCCUGGUCUCUUUCACCUCUGGCACGAGAAACAUUGUGCAGACGAGCUCACUCCGGAGCAGUAUCGCAUGUGCAUCCAGUCCAAAGCCAUGAACGAGGCCUCUCACUCGCACCUUGGGAUGCUGGUUUUCAGGGAGGAGAUCGAGACUCACCUCCGUAAGCAGGCUUACAGGACUAACAGUGAAGCAGUGGGUUAAAUGUCACCCCUGUGACAUUUGAUGACUUCAAAUUCACAGUGAACCAGCAUCAUUUUACAGCCUUAAUUCAGCUUACAAAUGCAGUGCCUCUCUUUUUCAGUGAAGAAGAGUUUAAAGGGUUUUUGUUUUCCAAGUAAUUCUUUGACUGUUACGCUGUUACCUACAUUUCUUGCAAGUUCAAGCACCUCAGAUGAAUUGGAAAGUAUAUGUAGUUCAAGGAAAGUGUCUUCAGUAUCAAUUGGAAGAAUCUGUAGAAUGUACAAUUCAACACUUUUCCAUGUGGUACAUUUCAGUUCUUAUAUUUGCAUUAUUUUAAGAAUUAAAUAAUCUUUUGUGUCUUGAGUAUUUUCAGUCUGUAUGGCUCACUGCACUGUGACUUCAGAAGGAUACUGUACUUGUACUCCAUUAUAGAAACAAGAGAAAGGUGUGGAAAAUAAUCUCACCAUGAAAGGUACAUGGACAUGCUGACCGGUACACCAGCUGUUCGGGGGCGGAUUUCACAGCAAGGGCUUGGUGCUGCAUUUGCUGUUAUUAACAGACAUUGACAUGGCUGAAUACAGAAUAAUUCGGGGGAGUGGGGAAUGAAAAUCCUUUUAAGUGGAAUUUUAGAGCAUAUAAUGUAAGUUCACACUGCAAAGGAGACACCACCUUCUUAACUCUGUGAUGGAUCAGAAGAGUUGGGAAUGUUCCAGUUGCAAGUUUCUGGGUCUGGUCUUUUCCCACAGUAGAUGCCACAUCACAGAAUCCCUUCUCUAAACUGAGCUAUGCUAUUAAACUUGUUUGUUUAAAUAUUUUCGGCCCCACUCCUCCUUAUUCAAAGGCCCUGCCUGUGUGUCUCAUCCUUUAAGUUGAGGAACCAUCUUUUCAUUCCCAUACAAAUUUAUUAGAGGCCUGUUUGCUAUUAUGCCAAUAUUAUUUUUGCAUUCUCUUUUGGGCAUUUUCAUGUCAUGCUUUUGUAAGGCAGUCAUAUACUCUUAGUUGUUUCAGUGACUGAAAAAGCAAGUGCUAUUACAGUCUUUCUUUAUACAAUGCUCUCCAUUCCGCUCAUUAUACUAGUAGCCUUAUUCCUCAUUUUUUCAGUUGGAGGAUGUUUUAGGGAGUUGGGGAUUCUUUUCCUUUUUUUUUUUUUUUAUUUGCUUGGUUGGUUUUUUUGAGCAUGCAUAAGCGGAAUUAUGUUGUGGUCUCAUUAGUGCCUUGUACAACGGCACUACUACUUUGCUACUUCCCUUUUGGGUAUUUUGGGAUGCAUAAACAUGCAGUCACGUCAUUUCUCUCAUGUUGUCUUAUAUGAUGUCAUAUGGCAUGCCUCAUUUUUAAUACAUUUGUUUAUGGAAUGAAUGCUGAGAAUGCUAAUUCAGUGGUUAAACCAUUUGUGUGGUCUCCACUGAAUUUAGGUAUUAGUUGAAAACCCUUCUCAAACCAGGUAAUUAAGAUCUGUUUAUGAAUUUGGUUUGCUCAAGAAUUUUGAAGGCAACUAAAGAUUUAAAUGGUUGAUUUCUGAAUAGCAGAUAUGCUGUGCGAAUAGUUCUGGGCACUGAUCCUUUUUAUAUGUACAUAAAAUUUGCCUUUAUGUAACUUAUUGUGGAGAACAAGUGUACUGUAUUGUACUUAAAGUGAAGAGAAUGCAUUGCAAGACUUCUUGCAGUUGAUAUUCUCAACAUAAUAAAUGGAAUUUCUGCAUUUUAGAAA